AUGCCAAAAAACUUUACACUGCCCACCGCGCUGGAGCCGUACAAGGGGUUCGGCGACCCCCGAGCCCAUGUGAAGAAGUUCCAAUCGAUGAUGUUCUUCAACAGCCCAAACAAUGAGCCCGUCCUCUGUCGAGCAUUUCCCACUUACCUAGAUGGUGCUGCGUUACUCUGGUUUUCUAAACUUUCUGCAGGUUCAAUUUCUUCCUUUGAAGACCUUGCCAGAUCAUUCAUUGAUUACUUCGCUGCAUCAAGAAUCUACGUACAUGGCUCGGACUAUCUCGGCACCAUCAAACAAGGUCAGCACGAGAGCCUGAAAGACUACAUGACCAGAUUCGCUGACGCCACUAUGGAGAUCCAAGACUUGGACCCGGCCGUUCACCUGCACGCUCUCAAGGCCGGCCUCAGGCCCGGCAAAUUCCGGGAGACCAUUGCAAUAACAAAGCCAAAGACGCUGGAGGAAUUCCGAGAGAGGGCGGCAGGUCAAAUGGAGAUCGAAGAACUCCGAGAAGCACAGAAAUCGGACAAACAACCACAUCGGAGAGAUGAAGAAAGAGCUUUCAGAUCACCAGGUAACAGAGAUAUUAAGAAGCCCUCCAAGCCCGCAUCAAAAUACAACACGUACACCAGAUUCAAUACCAGAAGGUAG